GUGAUGAGUAGAAGACAACUGAGGUACCAGGAGAGGCACGUGGAUGAGGAGGAGGAUGAGAUAGAGGUGGGCUCUAACAAGGAGAUGAGUGCGAUUCCUCCUGUGUCGAAGCACACACUUCCUGCGAACGAUGAGCUCAGGUUGUUCCAGCAGUCGUUCAAGUAUCUGUUUGACUCGCCUAGUUUGGAGACGUUCAUCCAGACGGUGAAGGGUGAUUUGUUCAACAGAGAUUAUAUCAAGGCCUUUGGCGAUGAUGACAGGAGAAUGGCGUACUGUGUGAGAUGGACGCCUUCCAGGUCUCUUGCCUAUGGAUCCUUGUUUGCUUCUCUUGCGGAGGUUAGAACCGUUAUCACGUCAGAGAACUCCAACAUCCUGGUGAUAGGUGGUGGUGCAUGUGGUGAGUUGGUUGCACUGGGGUCGAUCUAUACCCAGCAUCAGAGUUUGAAGGCGUUGAACGAGACGCCUGAUUCGAUCAACAUCAAGCUCGUUGACAUUGCCGAUUGGACAAAGAUCGUUGGCAAGAUUGUUUCAGAGGUUAAGAAAAACUGGACCUAUCAAAGCCCAGAUGCUUUCAAUGUGGACUUUAUGAAUGGAGAUGUACUAUCCUUGGAACCAAGUCUCUUGGGUCUUUCGUCCGUGGAUCUUAUAACUACAAUGUUCACAACUAAUGAGCUGUUUGCAGAGGACAGGGCCAAAUCCCUCCGCUUUUUCCAAUCUUUGAACAAAGAAUGCCAUUCAGGUUGUUUACUGCUGAUCACUGAAAGUGCUGGGAGUUAUAGCCAUAUAGAGGUUGGCAAGAAGAAGUUCCCAAUUCAAUUUCUCAUAGACACAAUACUGCUGGGCAAAGACCAAAAGAGUGGUGAUUGGGACUUGAUUAAACAAAGCGAGAGCUGUUGGUACAGAUGUGACAAAUCAUUCGACUACCCACUCAAGUUGGAGAACAUGAGGUUCUUCUUUAGACUAUACAGAAAGAAGUAGUUAAUCUACAC